GUAGUUUUGGGGAAUGUUUUAUUGUUUAUAAUGCCUACAUUAUUUUUGUUUCUUAAUCUUUCAUUUCUCAUUCAGCCAGUUUUUCAAAUAUCAGACAAUGACAUUUUUAUGAUGUACAAUGAAAAUCUUGAUCGUUGCCUAAAACUUCAAGAAUCUCGUUCCUUCACCUUCGACAUCUGCAACAAGUUUAAUGAAUGGCAAAAUUUUAAGUGGGUAUCCGAUCAUCAGUUAUUGAAUAUGGCCGUGAAGUUAUGCCUGAGUGUACCUUCAAAAUCAAACAUGGUUCCAGUUACACUGUCACGGUGCAACAAAACCACUGAAUUACAGAAAUGGGAAUGCAGAAAUGACACUCUAUUUGCCCUUGUAAAUCAAGAACUGUUUUUAAAUCCUGCUAAUGGACGUGAGAAUGGGGUUAUACUAUCCAAAAAACCCUCCACAAAAAGUGUUUGGAAGAUCUAUGGAACAAAGAAGAGCUUGUGUGCCCAGAAAUAUGAAGCUCUAUUCACUAUAGAAGGCAAUUCCUUGGGAGCACCUUGUGUGUUUCCUUUUAAGUAUAUGAAUAAAUGGCAUGCUAAAUGCAUAGUUGAUGAUGAUGAACACAAACGGUUUUGGUGUGGAACAACUCCAGAUGUGGACGAAGACUCUUUAACUGGAUAUUGCCCAGUAAAAGAUGAAAAAGAUAACUUUUUCUGGGUCAAAAAUCACUGGACAGGAGAUUUCUACCAGAUCAAUUCCCUUUCAGCUCUAACAUGGGAUCAAGCAAGAAAAAGUUGUUGGCAACAAAAUUCAGAAUUAUUAAGCAUCAACGAACUAUAUGAACAAGCAUAUUUGACAGGAUUAGCAAAUAACUUUGAUGCCAACUAUUGGAUAGGCUUGAAUAAUCCAGAUUUUGACAAUGGAUGGCAGUGGAGUGAUCACCAACCUUUAAGAUAUUUAAACUGGGCUUCAGGUAGCCCUUCUUCAGAAACAGGAAAAAACUGUGGAUUAUUGCAGAGUGGUAAUGGCAAAUGGGCAAAUAAUCUGUGUGAACAGAAAUGUGGAUACAUCUGUAAAAGAAUGAACUCUUCAUCUGGACCUUCUUCAGAUGAUCUUAAACCAAUUAAAUGUCCAGAUGGCUGGGUUGGAUAUGGAAAGCACUGUUACCGUCUGAAUAGAGAUCGCAAAACAUGGAAAGAUGCCUCAGACUCCUGCCAAAAGGAUGGCGGACAUUUACUAAGUAUACAUGAUAUUGAGGAAUACAGCUUUGUUUUUUCUCAGCUUGGCUAUGAAUCAACAGAUAAUUUGUGGAUAGGCCUAAAUGAUAAGAAAACUUUUUCAUAUUUUGAGUGGAGUGAUGGUACUACAGUGAGAUUCAUCAAAUGGCAGAAAGGAGAACCCACACUUAUAAGCAAUGUACAGGAAGACUGUGUCAUCAUGACUGGGAAGAAUGGAUACAUGGCGGAUUAUUUCUGUGAAGAGGAAUUAGGAUACAUCUGUAAAAAAGAACCUUCAGAAUUUCUUUCUGGAACAGAUGAAGUUGCUGAUCCAAAGUGCCAGAAAGGCUGGAAAAGGUAUGGUUUCUAUUGUUACUUAAUUGGAGGGACAUCUGGAACAUUUUCAGAAGCAAAGACAUCUUGUGAAUCUAAACAAGGAUUUCUGAUCUCUGUGGAGAAUAGAUUUGAGCAAGCCUUCCUGACUACACAAAUUGGACAUCGUCCUGAAAAAUAUUUUUGGAUUGGCCUUUCAGAUGUAGUGAAUCCGGGGACUUUCAACUGGACCAAUGGAGAUCCCAUUCAGUUCACUCACUGGAAUGCAAAAAUGCCUGGCCCAAAUCCUGGCUGUGUUGCCAUGAGAACGGGAGAUGCUGCUGGACUGUGGGAUGUUGUCAAUUGUGAGGAGACGGCCACGUUCCUUUGCAAACAAUUGGCUGAAGGGGUGACACCUCCUCCAAUCCCAGAACCAACACCCCCUCCCCCAUGUCCUGAAGGAUGGACUGCAAGUCUAACAAGGAAUGUCUGCUUCAAGGCUUAUAUAAAGAAGAAAGCUGAAAGAAAAUCUUGGUAUGAGGCAUAUGACUUUUGUAAAUCAAUUGGAGGAGACCUGGGUUAUUUUAAUAGUAAGACAGAGGAACGCUUAUUAAACCAAUUAUCAGAACCAGAAGGCUGGAAUGAUUUAAGCGCAAAUUUAAACGGUGCAAAUUUAACUUGGAUUGAUGGAACUUUGGUAUACACAUAUGUACCAUUUCAUUGGAUUUCAGAAAAUGAAUAUGAUGAAAGAUGCAAAAUAAUAUGGGGAGAAACUGGAUCCUGGUCACCGUUUCCAUGUCAUGGGUUAUUGAAUUGGAUUUGUCAAAUUACAAGAGGUACACCCUUGAAUCCAGAAGCAAGCAACAACUUCGAAAAUUCUUUUACAAGAAUUGAAGAUGGCUGGAUUGAAUAUGGAAACAAUGAAUAUUAUUUCAGUAAUACAACAAUGCCUGCAGAAAAAGCCAGGAAGUUCUGCAAACAACAUGGUGGCGAUCUUACCAUCAUUGAGAGUAAAGAAGAAAAAAUAUUUUUGUGGAAAUAUGCUGUCACCUAUGGAAUUCAUUCUAAUUCCUAUAUUGGUUUAAUUUUGAGUUUUGACAAAAAAUUCGGCUGGAUGGAUGGAACUUCAGUGACAUAUGAAGCCUGGUCCCCUGGUGAACCCAACUUUGACAAUGAAGAUGAACACUGUGUAAUUAUGCAUUAUAAAACAGGUUUAUGGCACGAUAUAAACUGUGGUCAUGAGAAAAGCUUCAUCUGCGAGAGACACAAUAACUCUAUCCGGACAACUGCAGCACCCACAUUACCCUCAACACCAAAAGGGUGCAGUGAAGGCUGGCUUUGGUUUAAUGAAAAGUGCUUUCAAAUAUUUGGCUUCAAAGAAGAGGAGAUGAAAAACUGGACCGAUGCACGUGAUCACUGCAAAAACCUAGGAGGAAACCUAGCUUCUAUACCAAACAAAGCUGUUCAAGCUUUUCUCACAGUAAAUUUAAAAAGUGCUGCAGGUGAUACUUGGAUUGGAUUCAUUGACAAGAGUUCACAUUUCCUCUGGACUGAUGGGAGUGGAGUCUAUUUUACAAAUUGGGCUAAAGGAUCACCCCGUUUAACCAAUGGUCGUUGCGUUUUUAUGCUGAGAAAGCCUGAAAGGUUUGCAGGACAUUGGAGAGUUGGAUCCUGUUCUUCUAAGCGGAGCUACAUCUGCCAAAAAAACACUGGUCCUGAACCUUACUCUGAACCAACAGUUCCAGCAUCUCACUAUAUCAGUUAUGGAAAUAGCAGCUAUUCUAUGGUUAGUACCAAGAUGACCUGGGAAGAAGCAAGAAAGAAAUGUGAAUCUGAAAAUGCAAAACUUGCCACCAUUGUAGACCCCUAUGCAGAAUCAUUCAUAUGGCUGCAAGCGCUCCAACAUAAAGAGCCUCUAUGGAUUGGACUAAGCAGCAAAGAGAGUGAUGCUAGGUACAAGUGGAUUAGUAACUGGAGGCUAGCGUACACUAACUGGGCUGCCGAAGAACCAUUGCAUAAGGUAGCCUGUGUCUACCUAGACACUGAGGGUUAUUGGAAAACAGGAAAUUGCAGUGAAAAAUAUUUGUCUGUUUGCGAGAGAUAUUAUGGUGUAGUGCCAACUGAGAUUCCACAGUUGCCAGGAAAAUGCCAAACCUCCAAAAACAGCCGUAUAUCUUGGAUACCUUUUAGAGGUCAUUGCUAUAAAGUUUAUGUUUUAAAGAGAUCUUGGCCAGCAGCAGUUCUGAUGUGUACUCAGAUAGGUGGUGCCUUGACUUCAGUUGAAGAUUCAGAUGAAUUACAAUUUUUACAGGAACAAAUGGGAAAACUUGAAUAUACAGAUUUUUGGAUAGGCUUGUUCAAAAAUAUGGAUGGAGAAUGGUUAUGGCAAGAUAACAAUGAAGUUGCUUUUGUCAACUGGAAUGAAUCAGAAUUAAAAUCUCUACAGUCUGAUAGUGAAGAGGACAGAGCAGAUCUUAACAAGUGCAUUUACAUGAAUAGUGAUUCUGGGAAAUGGUUCGUCGGGCACUGCCAUUAUUAUGAAAUGAGAUCAUUUAUUUGUAAAAGAAACAAAAUUAUUGAAGAAUCAACUCUAAAGUCUACAGCAAUAUCAGGGCAGAAAGGAGUGGCACCUCUACCAACACAUGGCACAACUGUGAUGAUAGUUAUCCCAAUUAUCUUCAUAGUCAUAGGUGCAGGAAUCGCGGCCUAUAUUUUCUAUAGAAGAAGAAACAGAGCACAACAAGUCUCUGCUGGAUUUGACCAUUCUUUGUAUAGUGACAAUGUGGUUACUCUUCAUAAGGAUUCACAACCUCUUGUAGACAACGAAGAAUUAAAUUAACAUGGCACAGUUGUGAUAAAAGUUAUCCCAGUUAUCUUCAUAUGCAUCGGUACGAUACAGCAUUUGCAUUCUAUAUUUUCUACAAAAAAAGAAAUAGACCACAUGUCUCUGCUGGAUUUGACAAUUAUUUGUAAAGUGACAACAUUAUUAUUCUUCAUAAUGAUUCAUAAUCUCUUAUACAGAACAAAUAAUUAAAUUAACAAAUACUGCUGACAGUAUCCCAUUGGAUACUAUACAUUCAAAAUUAAAUGUUUUGGAUUACACUGUUUAUAAUUUUUUACAGUGCGGUAUUUGAAAAAGUUUAGAUCCUAUCACAACAGGCAUAGGCCAGACCAGGGGUGGGUUCCUGCCAAUUCUAACCUCUUCUAUAGAAGAGGUUCCACAAUC